UGCAGAGGUCCAGGGGUCAAGCGGCUGGCCGCAGAAUCUGAGCAGCCGUGCGGAUGCAGAGCCAGUUCUGGGCCUGAGGGGCGGGCUCGGGUUUGGCCACAACACCGGCUUGGUGAACGAGCUUCUUGCGCUGUUCGGUGUUGUCAUGCAUGCUCGUGAGCACGGUAUCCGGUACAUAUCGGGGGACACUUUGAAGUUUUAUGAUGGCUGGGAUGCGAGUGAUGGAAAUACUGUGUCAUUUGCAAGCCUAUUCAAUGUCACGCACUGGAACUCGAGAGCGAUGCGAAAUCAAUCAAUGCCAUUGCCAUUAAUUGUGUUUUCACGGCAGGUCACAGCAUGGAUUAGGGCUAAGACCGUGGCCUUGCGCGCCUUCGAGGAGGCCGAUGUCAUAACAGCGAGCGGCGAUCCGUCGGUCUGCUGGUUCUGGCAGUCUCUGAGACCCGCGGCCCCGCUGAUGAAGGCAGUGGAGUCCGUGAGACCAGUAGGGAUGUACGGGGUUCUCCACGCCCGGAUCGAGAAUGAUUUGAACACGCCAGGAAUUCCUGCAGUCUUCAGGACUGACCGGCUGUCUCUGCCCACCAUUUACGGCAUGAUAUCGAAUUUCUCACAUCCAUGUCUCUCGCGUCCAGACAGAUUCUACAUGUGCGUUAUGGCUUCGGAUGUUACAGAGCCCGAGGAAGCAUCGAUGUUGGAAAGACGGCUGACACCUUGGCAGAACGUAUCACUGGAGCUGAGAGGUUCAGAAGCCGUUCGCCAAGCGGGCUUAGAAGGCUCGAAGGUUCAGGGCGCGGUUCUUGAUCCAAGACUUGCGCGAGGGGCAAAGUUCUUCAUCGGAGAGGAAGGUCUGUCAACAUUCGCAAUGGCCAUAAUGACCUCGAGGAGCUGUGCUGGGCUUCAGUGCAAUGUCCAUCUGGGGCCUGAUGGCAUGGGAGAGGCAGCCGUGGACCUCGACAAGGACAUCGUGAUGUGGGUCCAGCAAAGAGGCCGUCUCCACUGGAAGUGCUCACUUUCCAGGUCGCUGCCCCUCCAGGCCUACAUCGAGCCUGAAAGGGGCAGCCGGCCUCGCCCGUGCUGUCGACCAGAGCGGUGCUCCCAGUGCGGGGAGGGGGAGGACGGACAGGAGAUCCGAAACGGAAACAGCUGCAUGAGCAUGAGCUUUCGCAGGUCCGCGCGGAUCUCUUGGGUCUGCCCUGGACCUCCCUGGCGCAGCCCCUGGCGCCGCUCGAGGUUCUCUGCACGGACCUCCGACGGUGUUCUUGUGUCUGGACGUGCCUUGGACCCCUGCGGCGGGGCGCUAGCUGAACGCCCCCGUCGGUCUGCCUGUCCAUCUUAGAAGGCCAGAAACCUUCAAACACGUUUUGAAAAUCAUUGGUUCCUGCUGCGUGGGGCCCUCUUGGGGGGCCUCUUGGAGGCCUCUUGGGCCGUCUUGGGAGCGGCGCGCCGCGCUGCGCGUGCAGCGCUGCGCGCCGGUGGCGCCCGGCCGACCCUCACUUGCUCGCCUCGGGAGCGAGCGCGCAUCUCUCGGCCUGGCAGCGGUCGCCGGCCGAAGCAGCGGGCCCGUGCGCUCAGCCUCCCUGACAUCUCCGCGCCGUGAUCGUCGCUGUGGCCGAGGUCGGCUGCGGGCCCAAGGGGGAAGUCAGAGGGGGCGGGCCUUUUCAGAAGGCUCGGGAGGCCUCCGGCCUCCUGAGGAGCGGAGCUGUCUCCCAAGGGCAGACGACUUCUCAGAAAGCCGGAGGGCUUCUGAGAAGCCCUGCCGCCCCCCCCGCGGCCGUGGCGGAAACGCCACGGCGCGGCGUCGUGGCCGAUCGUCGGCCACCGGCGGGGUCCCCCGCGGGACCUUUGGGGAGCCGCGUCGUGUCAAGGCCACGGCGACGGAUGCCAUGGGCGCGUGCACGACCGCGGCGGCCAGCGCCGCCACGCCUCAGCUCGGAGGAGGCGGGGCUCCGCCGCAGAAGAAUAGAUACACGGACGCCCUCCGAUGGAUUGAUUGUUCG